CUUCCACGUAAUAAUCUUAGCGUUAAAAAUCGAUAUAUUUAAUAUUUAAUUGGGCAAUCGGGAUUUGAUUUGGAAGCAAAAUGGCAGCGGUGUACUCUCCUCGAUGCCAAUUGUCGCUUCUUCUCCCCUGUUAUCUGCACGAAUCCUAGGGUUCGUCGGUCUGUGAUUGCCAGUAACACUGAUCCCAGCGGCGAGAAUAACAAAAGUAAUUCCUUGAACUCUUUUCCCAACUAAAAUCCAUCAUAAUCUCUAGUUUUCCGGAAUCCCGGUGCGGAAGUUUUCCGCGCUUUGAUGGAUUUGGAGGACGCCAAGUCUGUGGAGGGAGAGAAAGGAAGGGAGACUGCUAAUAACCUACUACCGUCGAAGGAAAUUAGGGCUGAUUCUUAUGACGAGGUCGCUUCUGAAGAGCUGCACAAUCUUGUUGAUACUACUGAAAGUGGCUUUACUGAUCCCGCAGUUUCCGUACUUGGAACUUCAGCAACGGCGGCAAAUCCUUUCAUAGAUGAUACUAUUUUGGCUGAACCAAAGGAGUUCAAUUGCAAUUCAAGUCAUUCUAGUCCAAGUGAUAUGUUAGUAGUGGAGUCGAAGCCAGUGGUUACGAAGGGGAGUGGGCUGAGGAAAUGGAGGAGGAUAAAGAGGGAUUUGAAAAAAGAUGGAAGUAGCAGUAGCAGUGCUGAUUCUGCUCAGAUUCUGAAGCGCAGGCUGUCAAAUUCUGAGCCUUUCAAGAGUGACGAAGAGAAUAAGCUGAAGAGUAUGGCUGACGGAGAGAGUGAAGAGUCUGUAGCAUCUGUGGCGUCAAGGAAUGCUGAUAUCAAUCCUCUUCCAGUUGGUACUGGGUCCCUGGACCUGGAGCUCGAGCGAUUGGCAACUGGUGGCUUUUCAAUCGGCGUGGAUUCCGAUAACAGUGAGGAUCACAGUAGCAAAUCAUCUACAGCUACCAGUGCUCCGCGGCUGAGGCAUGAAAUGCUUGCAUCAGGCAAGGAAAGAGGGAGGCAGAAAAAUUUUGGUGCGAGGAGCUCAACCCGUCUCGGUCUUCAGAAAGUUCAACAGGACAGAGGUGCAACAGUAGACGCUAGCAAAAAAACUAAUGGAGAUUUAGCAAGAUUUGAGAAGGAGAAUUCUUUUUGUAGCGUGGAGUCUGAUUUGAGAAGCUCUGCUGCUGGAGUUGCACUGCGGGGCAGUGUUGGCAACAGUAACGGAAAGCAUAAUGGAAGGCCCUUGAAUUUUGGUGAACAUGGUGAUGAGGCUCACACAGGUGAAGAGGUUCGCUUAGGUUACUAUAAAGAAAAUGGGGAGGAGGUAAACCCAUCUAGAGAAGUUUUGGAUGCUGAGCUGUUGGCCAAGAAUAAUCGAAAGAGUGAGAAUUUACAUUCAAGUUCUGAUCUCGAUCCCUUUUUAAACUCAAUGGUUUUGCUCGAAGAGGCUCAAGAAUCACUAGAUAAAGAAAUCGAAAAGAUUGCAGCAAUUAGAAAAGAGAAUGACGACAAUGGUAUGAACAUUGACGGAAAAGUGCCUUGCGACUCUCAAAUAUUUGAAGCCUAUUUAGUUGAUUUAAGGGAAAAGGCUGAACAUCUUGAGUCCAGGCUGGAGAAUGCAUCAACAGUAAUUGAAACAAAGGAACAGAAGCUGCAGGAGCUUGAAGCACUGCUUGGCAAAACUCAGUUGCCAAAUAAGGAAGGCACAAGUUUCCAUGUAUCACCCAUUGAAGUGCACAAAGAAGAACUGGAUUCUGAACUUGAAGUACUCCUAAAGGAAAAAAUGGAGACAGAAAUCGAGUAUUUGAUCAUAAGUAGAACUCUACAAAACUGGAAAGUACUCUAUGAAGAUCGCAUUGCUCUAUUUAAAGAGCAGAAGUAUCUGGCUGGUGAUCAAGAACAGAUGAUGCUAAAGCUUAGAGAAGCUGAGGACAAGAUCAUCAUGUUGAAUGAGCAGAAAGACAAGCUGGAGGCAUAUUGCAAGGAGCUUGUACAGACUGAGAAUGUCCUGAGGCUACAAAACAAGGUCUGUAAGCUUUCCCUCUACGUUAUUUUUCAGUUGAUGUUUUUGAGCAUUGCCUUCGUGUUAUUUCUCAUGCAGUUGCUGUCCCCAGUUGAUGGGGUGGUGCCAACUUAGUUUUUCAAGCCAAACCUUGUGUAAUUUUAGGCCCCAUGUUUGAUUAUGUGAAAGUGAGUUUUUUACGUAGGCCUUUUUGGUGCAAUUAUUUUU